AUGAAUUCCAUGUAUAAUUUUGUCUAUCGUAAAUGUCUUUGUUUAUCAACUCGAUAUUUUUUAAUCAAUAAUCGAACAUAUAAGUCAAAUUUAUCCUACGAUAAAUUAUUCCCGAAUUGUAAAUCGCUUGAUAUUCUUUCGGGACCUAUCAAAUCGCCUACAAGUGAAUCAACAGGUAAUGCAAAAUUUAAUGGAUUUAUUCCUAUAGAUAAACUCGAAAUCACACAUCGACAUGCACGAGGUCCAGGUGGUCAACAUGUAAAUAAAACAUUAAGUGGUGUAGAAAUUCGAUUUCAUGUUGAUUCAGCAACAUGGAUACCAGAUUGGAUAAAAUCACGUUUUCGUGAUAUGAAUCAAACACGUGUUAAUCGUGAUGGUUAUUUUAUAAUAUUUUCUGAUGAAACUCGACAUCGUUUAUUAAAUCAAGGUCAAUGUUUAGAUCGUAUUCGAGCAUUAAUUCGUGAGGCAAGUCUUGUUCCAAAAGGAUUAAGUGAUGAAGAAAGAAAAGGAAUCGAAGAACGAAAAAAAACAUCAUCAAAUGAACGUGUUAUUCGUAAACGAAUACAAUCACUAAAUAAACAAGAACGUAGAUCUUCUUCAGUAGAUUUAAGUUAA